CGUAAUCAUAGGGUUUGACUUACUUUGUGAUUGUCCUGGCGUACCGUGGACCGAUGACCCGAACAUAAACUUUACCAAAUUUUCCCAAUGCUUUGCUUUGUCUGAAGAUAUUCCCUCCAUUUUACCCGCCCAACAUCUCCAGUCAGGUUUUCAAGAUUAUUAUGGUUGCUGGAUAUAACCUGAAGAGGGCUCGCUGUCUUUUCAGGUGUUGUAGUAGCAGUAUUUUCUCUGAAAGAGUCCGUUAUAAGUCUCCCCUUGGUUUGUAACAGAUAUGCUACCGACAGGGUCAAAAGAUACUCAACUCCGUGAAAGCAACAGCCAAAAAGUUCACCCUCAACCAAUGGAAGACAGCAUGAAGCAGAAUCCAGAAGCUAUGGAAGCUUUUAUAUCCAAAAUAUUUACAAAUAUUUCCUCCCUUAAGUCGGCCUAUAUUCAGCUCCAAACUGCUCAUACUCCUUAUGACCCUGAAAAAAUUCAAGUUGCUGAUAAACUUAUAAUUUCCGAGCUGAAGAAUCUAUCCGAACUAAAGCACUUCUACAGAGAAAACAACCCGAAACCAGUGUCUGUUUCUCCUCAGGAUUCUCACUUAGCUGCUGAGAUUCAAGAGCAGCAGAGCCUGCUGAGAACCUAUGAAGUUAUGGUAAAGAAGUUCCAGUCUGAAAUUCAGAAUAAGGAUUCGGAGAUUCGUCAGUUGCAGCAGCAAAUUGAAGAGGCAAAUCAGAAGAGAGUGAAGCUAGAAAAGAACCUAAAGCUUAGGGGGUUGUCUAUGAAGGAAUCUGAAGGCUCGGGGGAAGCAAACGGAUUCUUCCCUGCGGAUUUGACCCCUGAGCUCUUUGUAUCAGCCGUUGAAUCUGCUUUCAAAGCUAUUCAUGAUUUUUCUAAACCAUUGAUCAACAUGAUGAAAGCUGCUGGCUGGGACCUUGAUGCUGCCGCUGACUCGAUUGAACCCAAUGUUGUAUAUGCCAAGAGAGCUCAUAAAAAAUAUGCAUUUGAGUCCCAUAUUUGCCAGAGAAUGUUCAGUGGGUUUCAAGUGGAGAAUUUCUCAAUUAAUUUAGAUAAUCUUACAGUCAAUAAAGAGAGCUUCUUCCACCAAUACCUGGCUCUGAGGGAGAUGGAUCCGUUGGACGUGCUAGGCCAGAAUCCUGAUUCCGUAUUCGGUAAAUUCUGCAGGAGCAAGUACCCUGUGGUCGUCCAUCCAAAGAUGGAAACUUCAUUCUUCGGAAACUUGGACCAGCGGAAUUAUGUAAUCAGAGGUGGGCAUCCGCGGACUCCAUUUUACCAAGCCUUUCUAAAAUUAGCCAAGUCUAUAUGGCUUUUGCAUAGGCUAGCUUGUUCAUUCGAUCCUAACGUGAAGAUCUUCCAAGUUAAAAGGGGAAGUGAAUAUUCAGAGGUUUAUAUGGCAAGUGUAGUGAACAACUUGAUAAUGGAUGAAACUGAUGAGAAGCCUAAAGUUGGGCUAAUGGUCAUGCCUGGCUUUUGGAUUGGCAGCAUCGUCAUUCGGAGCCGAGUUUAUCUUUCAGGAAUGAAGGUUAAUGAGUAAUUACAAGCUCUAUGCCAAAUCUUUGUUCCAGUACGUAACAUGUAUUAAGCGUGUGCAGUUUUCCUUUAUAAUGUGUUGUUAUUGCUCUCUACUUCUGUAAUUGUAUCACUAGUAGCUCUUUGUUUCUCUAUCAAUCGAACCAUGUAAUGUCAUGAUCCAUGAGUAUUCAGUUAAUUGAAUCAAUCCGCAUUUAGUCAAA